AUCAUAUUGAAACAUAAGUUAGUGGGUUUGUGAGAGAGCUCAAUACCUGGCAGAGAAAUCAGCUGGGAUAUUGGUCAUAAUUAUGUGGCAUCACACUGGAGUGAACUGAGCUAGCUCUACGAAGUUAGAGAAGCAUCUUAAGUAGCAUGAAUCUACUAAUGUGAUAUUUUCUUGAAUUAUUAGUCUUCCAUCUCAGUACUUGUGGUGGUCUUGCUACUGAAGAUGCUUUAUUCUUAAUGAGUUAACAUCAUCUCUCCAUUGCACUGCAGUGAGCUGUGUAAAGAUAACUUUUUACAUAGCAUAGUAAAGUCGAAAAUUUUAUGUCAUGUUUGUUGAACAGCACAGAUGUGUUCAUAACCUAUUUCCAUUUUGCAACGAAUCAGGUGAGGAACCAGGAGGGGUAGCCAAGAAAAAAACUAGAGUCAAAGUAAAAGAAGCUGUUAAAGAACCACUCAAGAAAUUAAGGGAGAAGCAGGAAUCCAAAAAGGAGGAUAACAAAGAUGAGGAAGAAAAAAAGAAAGCCAGGAAAAGAAAAGAUGCUGUUGAUCGAAAGGACAAGAAAGCUGUUGAUACGAAUAAAUUAAAGAAAGAUUCUGACAAGGCUAAAAGAGACAGAGAAAAGGAAAAAAGCUUAGACAAAAAUGUAAAAUCCAAGGAGGCUACAAAAAAAUCAGCCAGUGAAAAGGAUGGUACUAAUCAGGUGGGAAAAGAGAAAGAAACAAAAAAGGUAGCUAAAAACCCAUCCAAGGAAGACAAGAAAGAGAAGAACUAAACAGAGUAUCAGUUCUGCUACCGAGGAACAGACCUGAAGAAUGAGAAAUUCAUCAUAUUUAUGUGAAUGUGGUAAAUAUGGCAAUAAGAACAUAAUAUUUUCUGGAAAUAAGUAUGAACAAAGGCUAUCUAUAAUAUUUAAAAAAAUAACUGUUAAGUAUGUUCUUGCAGUGUAAACACAAAGCAAAAAAUGUCUUCUGUGAAUCUCAAAUACAUAUAUAUGUGAAUAUGCCUGUGUA